AUGGUCGAAGAUCAUUUGUUCAUCAUAGGGAUUGAUCCAACUUAUACGGAAUGGAUAUUCCAUGGAGAAGAUAAUUCGUUCCUAGAUGAUACAUUUUCUGAUGAUGAAGGUGACAAUGCAUUAGCUUACAAUGACUACAUUGAUGAUUUCGACGAGAUGUUAGAUGACAUUCGUCAUAGGUCGUUUAUGGAUAAUUCAACUAGAAAUGAAGGAAAUGCAAACACAAAUGAUCAACCAUCCACCUCUAAUACUCCAACAAACCUUAAUUUCGAGGAAUUGGUAGUCGACGCACAACGUCCACUUUAUCCUUCAUGUGCUAAGUUCUCAAAGCUAUUAUUUAUAGUCAAGUUGCUUCACAUCAAGAGCAUUGGUGGUUGGACCGUGAAGUCCUUUGAUAUGGUUAUAAAGCUUCUACAAGCUGCAUUUCCCCAUGCUCUAUUCCCUGACUCAUUUAAUGACGCUCGUUGCUUGGAGCGUGACUUGGGCUUUAGUUACAAAAAGAUACAUGUGCGCCCAAAUGAUUGUGCCUUGUUUUGGAAGGAAAAUGCUGAGUACAAUGAAUGUCCUAAAUGUAAAGCAUCUAGGUGGAUUGUAAGCACAAAUCCUCGAAAUGUUAGUAUUGGUUUGGCGAGUGAUGGGUUUAACCCAUUCAAUAACAUGAGCAAACCGUACAGCAUAUGGCCGGUACUACUUGUGCCUUACAACUUGCCCCCUUGGUCAUAUAUGAAAGAUCCAUAUACCAUGUUGUCGUUGCUAAUCCCUGACCCUAAGGCACCAGGAAAUGAUAUUGAUGUGUUCUUACUCCCUCUUAUCAAUGAGUUGAGAGAGUUAUGGGAAGAGGGUAUUCAUACCUAUGAUGUGUACAAUGGGCAAAUGUUUAGAUUGCAUGCAGUGUUGCUUUGGACUAUCAAUGACUUCCCCGCACAUGCCAAUCUUUUUGGUUGGAGCACAAAGGGCAAGAUGGCAUGCCCUUCAUGUACAUCUGACACAUAUUCACAAUGGUUGGUUUAUGGGCACAAACUUUGUUAUAUGGGUCAUCAACGAUGGUUGGCUUAUAAUGGGUACGAGGAGCACCAAGUCCAACCAUCAAGGGUCGAGGGAGAGGAUUUGCUAGAACAAUUAUGUGGAUUGUCACAUGUCCAGAUUGGUAAAUCUUCUUUGAAGAGGAAAUGA